AUGGCUGCUGUUCGUAUUCGCACCGCCUUCAUGCUUUCCCUUCUCACCUUCUCCUUCUCCCUCUGCAAACUUGCAUUUUCCUUGACAGAAAAUGAGGCUCUCCUCAAACUUAAGAGCUCUUUCACCAACGCUGAGGCAUUGGACGGUUGGGAUUCAGGCUCCUCUCCUUGUGUUAAAAGAUGGGUUGGUAUCAUUUGUUAUCGUGGUCUCAUCACAGGUCUCCAUCUCUCAAACUUGGGUCUUUCAGGAACAAUUGAUAUUGAGGCAUUGCAGCAACUCCGUGCUCUUCGAACCCUCAGUUUCAGGAACAACUCUUUCUCUGGUCAAAUCCCAGCCUUCAAUAAAGUUGCUGCAUUGAAAUCACUCUUGUUGUCUCACAACAAGUUUUCAGGCGAAAUAUCAAAUGACUACUUUUCCUCCAUGUCAUCUUUAAAGAAAGUUUGGCUUUCCAAUAAUGAGUUCACAGGGAAGAUACCUGUGUCAUUAAUGAAUUUACCACAUCUAAUCGAACUGCACCUGGAAGGGAACCAAUUCUCUGGACAAAUCCCGCCAUUGAAAGUACCCACCACGGUAACUUCCCUGGACCUUUCACACAACAAACUUGAAGGAGAGAUCCCCGUCAGCUUUUCCAAAUUCAGCAAUCUAUCAUUUCUAGAUAAUGCCAAACUCUGUGGGAAACUACUUGACAAGGAUUGCUCCGAAAACAUUGCAGAAUCUUCGCCUCAACCUGCCAGUGAAGAAGAAAAAGAAACCUCUAAUUCAGACGGUCAUGCCAAAAUGGUAAUUGGAGUUGGAGCUCUAGCAGUGAUUGUUUUUUUAAUUUUCGCUGCCUUCUUAUCUGGGAGGAAGGGGAAUAUGGAUGAUGAUUUCAGUAUGUUGGAGAAAGAAACACCCGACGAGACGAUUCCUGUGCAUGUAGGCUCAAGAAAGAAGCCAGCAGAAGGGAGUACUCGGAAAGGCGGUGAGUCUUCCCGGAAGGGUUCCACUCACGGAAGCAGGAACGGUAUGGGUGAGUUGCUCAUGAUCAACGAUGAAAAGGGUGCAUUUGGGCUGCCUGAUUUGAUGAAGGCGGCAGCAGAAGUGUUGGGAAAUGGAGGGUUGGGGUCUUCAUAUAAGGCUGUCAUGACAAACGGAUUGUCAGUGGUGGUGAAGAGGAUGAGAGAGAUGAAUAAGUUAGGGAGAGAAGGUUUUGAUGUUGAAAUGAGGCGGUUUGGAAGGAUAAAGCACAAAAAUAUUUUGACACCAUUGGCAUACCAUUACAGGAAGGAGGAGAAGCUGUUGGUAUCAGAGUAUGUGCCCAAGGGCAGCUUGUUGUAUGUCUUGCAUGGUGAUCGUGGAACAUGUCAUGCCGACCUCAGUUGGCCUACGCGUCUGAAGAUAGUCAAGGGAAUCGCAAGUGCAUUAGGUUUUCUCCAUUCAGAAUAUGCAACCUAUGACCUUCCACAUGGAAAUCUCAAGUCCAGCAAUGUCUUUUUAAGUGAAAACUAUGAGCCAUUAAUCGCUGACUAUGCCUUGGACCCGCUAACCAAUCCCAGCCAUGCUGCACAAGCGAUGUUUGCUUACAAGUCCCCGGAAUAUAUUCAACACCAACAAGUUUGUCCAAAGUCUGAUGUCUAUUGUCUGGGUAUCAUCAUUCUUGAGGUCAUUACAGGGAAAUUCCCUUCUCAGUAUCUUACCAAUGGCAAAGGAGGGACUGAUGUGGUCCAAUGGGUCUUACAAGCAAGUUCUGAGCAGAGAGAGCAGGAAUUGAUUGAUCCUGAGAUUGCGAACGAUACAAAUUCACUUGAUCAAAUGGUGCAAUUACUCCGAAUUGGGGCGGCUUGCAUCGAAAGUAGUACAGUGCAACGGUUAGACAUGAGUGAAGCAAUUAGGAGAAUAGAACAAAUACAAGUUUGA